AUGAAACUUCUUGUUUUAACGUUCGAAAUACUUGUAAUGCUUUCCUUUACAACAUCUGAAACCAAUCCUAGUCUUACUCCCAUCUCUGAAACAUACAAUCUCAUUAACGCUACCGGAAACUUACCAAUGGCAAAGCCGGGCUGCAAUACCAGCUGCGGUGACUUAAUUGUUCCCUACCCUUUUGGCGUCGGCCUUAACUCAAAAUGUUCUAUAGAUAAUGACUUUGCAAUCUAUUGCAACACUUCUUCCAAGCCACAUAAAGCCUUUUUUACAGAAGAUAGUCAAUAUGGAUGGAUCAAACAGAUAUCUGAUUCUACAAUCAGGAUAUCCAAUCUAGUGGCUAGAAGAUGCUACUCGCAUUACCCAAAUGGCAGCAUAAAAAUUUCAAACAGCUGGAUGUACAAUAAUUUUUCCGCAUGGCCCUCCUACACUUUCUCACAAGUUAAUAGGUUCACAGUGAUUGGUUGCAAUGAUUAUGCUUGGCUGACGUUAAGAUCAAAGUCUAAACAAGUGUUUACUGGUUGUAUGGUGUUCUGUUCUAAUGCUAGCUCGGAGAAUACUUCAAGUGAUCAUGAGUGUUCAGGGAAUGGUUGCUGUCAAUCGUCCAUACCCCGAGACAUUAGUUACUACAGAACUUCCAUAGGAAACUUGUCGCAAGUACCCAAGAUGAACGACCUUUCUGUACGUUGUGCAUACGCAUUUGUUGGUGAGCAGAACACAUUCAAGUAUAAUGGUUCAACGGAUUUAUCUGAUUUUUCCUUCCACGAAAAGGUUGAGAAUAAUGUCCCAUUAGUGCUCGAUUGGGCUAUUGGCAAUCUGAGUUGUGCUGAAGCCAAAGCAACAGACGGUUACGCCUGCCAAUCAAAUAGCAUAUGUGUUGACUCCACAAGGGAAUCUGGAGGGUACCGCUGCCAGUGUAUACAAGGGUAUCAAGGAAGCCCUUAUCUGUCUCCUGGUUGCCAAGAUAUCAAUGAGUGUGAAGAUCCGGCAAAACAUUCCUGUUACGGAAUUUGUGUUAAUACUCCCGGGAACUUCACAUGCAAAUGUGAAAAAGGAUUUUCAGGCAAUUUUAUGGUUCCAAAUGGAUGUCAACGAAAACCAUUCCGUCAAACUCUCUUAUUCAAGCUAGGUCUCGGACUUGCAUUACCCACAAUAGUGAUUAUGUUAUUGAUGUUGUUCUUCAUAGCUAAGAGAAGGAAGAUUGAAAAUUUAAGACAUAAGUAUUAUGAACAGAAUGGGGGUGCACUAUUGAAAGACAAACUGAAAACUAAGGGUGGUGUCGGUGUCAGUUCUAUGAACAUUUUCCGUUUUGAAGAGCUAAAAAAAGCAACCGAAAACUUUUCAGAAACUAAGGUUCUUGGUAAGGGUGGCAAUGGUACCGUGUACAAGGGAACUCUAAUAGAUAAGCGUUUUGUCGCAAUCAAGAAAUCCCAAAGAGUGGAUCAAGGACAAAGGGAGGAUUUUAUAAAUGAAAUGGUGAUUCUCACACAGAUUAAUCACACCAACGUGGUGCAACUUUUAGGAUUUUGUUUGGAAACUGAUGUCCCAUUGCUAGUGUAUGAAUUUAUUUCAAAUAAUACCCUUCAUCACCACAUUCAUAAUAGAAAGAACGGCAUAGAGAGAUUAUCAUGGUAUACUCGCUUAAGGAUAGCACAUGAAUCGGCUGGUGCCCUUGCCUAUCUUCACACAGAUGCUAGAAUGUCCAUCAUACAUAGAGAUGUGAAGUCGAGUAACAUCUUGUUGAAUGAAAAUUACACGGCAAAAAUUGCAGAUUUUGGAGCUUCAAGGCUAGUUCCCUUAGGUCACGAUGAAGUCGUUACUUUAGUGCAAGGAACGGUUGGAUAUUUAGAUCCUGAGUAUUUUCAUACAGGCCAAUUAACAGAUAGAAGUGAUGUCUAUAGUUUCGGUGUGGUUCUUGCAGAACUCUUAACAGGGCAACAACCCCUCAAUAUGGAAAGGUGUCCUGAGGAACGAAAUCUCGCGACAUAUUUUUUGAAGGCAACAAAGGAAAAUAACUUUCUUGAUAUUCUUGAACAAGGCGUGGUAAAGGAAGCGACUUAUGAGCAACUUAAAGCAAUAAGCAACCUCGUAUGUAGGUGCCUUAACCAAGUUGGUGGGAACAGGCCUAGCAUGAAAGAAGUGACUAUGGAGCUUGACACUUUAAGAAAGUUGGGAAAGUGUACUAAUUCACUUAGCGAAGGCAAUUACAACGAAACGACCAGUCUUAUGAUUGAAAUGGAACCAACUGAUCUUUAUAGUAUUCCGCUAAUUCCUAUGAGCAAUACUUUCGGAGACACUUCUAUCACUAGUGAAAUGCAGGACAUGAUGCUUUCAUUACAAAGUGCUCGUUAA